AGAGAGAGAGACAGAGAAGCGGCACAGAAUUGCUAUUAAGUUUGUGUGAUAAGGCGGAGGAAAGGAAGUAGGACAGCAAGAGGUGAAGACUGCUCGAACGAGUUCACAGAUCUGCUAUUUACUGAGGAGGAAAAAAAAUCCAUCGAUAUGUCGCAAGACGCAGUCGUCGUGAGAUAUGCACACAAGCGCUACUCGAAGAGCCAGAAGCCUAUCCUCGAUGGAUUGAACAUGACGGUUCCACGGGGUUCUAUCUACGGAUUACUAGGAGCCAGCGGAUGUGGUAAAACAACUUUGCUCUCCUGUGUAGUGGGCAUCCGAAAACUCGAUCACGGCGAAAUUUGGGUUCUAGGGGGUAAACCCGGACAGACGAACUCGGGAAUUCCUGGGCCGCGUGUUGGAUACAUGCCCCAGGAGAUAUCAUUGGUGAAAGAGUUUUCGGUCAUCGGGGCGCUCUAUUAUUUCGGAAGGAUCAAUGGCCUCGAGGAUAAUAUUAUAGACGACAGAUUCGCAUUCUUUUCGGAACUGCUGAAUCUGCCACCGAGGGACCGGCUGGUGAAACAUUUGAGUGGCGGACAACAGCGACGUGUUUCAUUCGCCGCCGCGCUCAUCCAUAAACCGGAACUCUUAAUCCUCGAUGAGCCGACCGUCGGAUUGGAUCCGAUUUUGCGCGAAAAAAUUUGGGAUUUCCUCGUGAAAAUAACAAAAGAAGAAGGAACUGCCGUUGUUAUUACUACACAUUACAUCGAAGAAGCUAAACUUGCCAAUAGAAUUGGUCUCCUGAGAUGCGGUCAAUUACUAGCGGAAACGACUCCGAAUGUACUUCUAACAAAAUUUCAAUGCACGACCCUCGAAGAAGCUUUCCUCGUUCUUAGCCAGAAGCAGAUGGAAAAUCAAAACAAAGCUGUUCCGGAGAUUGGAAAUGGAUCGGUAGAGGAUGUAGAUGAAGUCACUACCAACUCAGUAUCGACUUCUCAAAACGAUCUUUGCGCGAGUACCAACUGCAUUGUACAUAGUGAGAAGCAGCUGUUGGACAGUCAGUAUACGGAAAAGAGCUAUUCUCGUUUUUGCUCACCUAUUUGUGGAAAAAUAUUCCGGGCUCUUUUAACAAAGAACAUUCUGCAAUUUAUACGAGAUCCUGGAGGCAUACUCUUCGCUUUCGUCUUCCCGAUAGUCCAGGUGACAUUAUUCUUCUACUCGAUCGGGUUGGAUCCUAAAGAUGUUGUCAUGGCCGUGGUAAACGACGAAGCCGGACAUUGUAAUUACGGAAAAAAUUUGGGCUCCAUUAUAUAUACUCCAGAUGACGGCUCGUGCGAUUACAUAGACAUAAGUUGUCGAUUUUUACAUGGCUUUAACGAGAGCAUUAUGCAAAAGAAAUACUUCAGUACGAUAGAAGAAGCAAGACUCUCGAUAAAACAUGGAGAAGCCGCAGGAAUGAUGCACUAUGAGCAAAAUUUUUCACGUGCUUUGCAAAGCAGACGCGACAAUUUUAAUACAGUGACGGAAGAGGAAAUUGUCUCCGGAGAAAUUCAUAUUACACUUGACAUGGGUGAUCGACAGAUUGGAUUAUUUCUACAGAAGGCAUUAUACGAACGCUUCAUAAGAAUCCAUGAAGAUAUAAUAUCCAAUUGCAAUAUAUCCAGAAAAUUCUCAAAUCUACCGCUUGUCUUGGAAAAGCCAAUAUUUGGAAAGUUGGAUCAAACGUAUACAGAUUUUGUAGCUCCAGGCUUUAUAAUUACGAUAGCUUUCUUUUUGGCGACGGCUGUUUCAUCUUCCAUUAUUAUUGCAGAUCGCGCAGAAGGUGUUUGGGAUCGAAGUCUCGUACAAGGAGUUGCAACAGCGGAAAUAUUGUUUUCUCAUAUCUUGACACAGUUUUUGAUGAUCAUUAUUCAGGUGACUGUGGUCUUAUGCAUAAGUUUCCUGCAAUUUCAGCUGCCUUGUAAAGGAUCAAUUACCGCUGUUAUUGUUUUAGUGCUUCUCACAGGAAUAUGCGGAAUGUGCUAUGGUUUUCUCAUUUCCGUCUUAUGUACGAAUCACACAAUGGCCAAUUUCAUUUCAACCGGAAGCUUCUAUCCCAUCAUUUUAUUAUGUGGCACGAUUUGGCCGACGGAGGGUAUGCCGACCUACCUUCGCUACCUAAGUUUCAGCCUACCGACGACGAUUCCGAGCAUCUCACUACGUAGUAUCCUGGCCAAAGGCUACCCGAUAACUGACAUCGAGGUCUACAGCGGUUUCCUCAUCGCGCUCGGCUGGACCCUCGCUUUUGUAAUUUGCUGUCUGAUCGGGCUCAGAAGCAAAGCCGUGUAAAUACGUCGGCGAUUGGAUGUUUGGAAGGGGGUGGGGUUUCAAGGAGGCGUUCAUCGAAUAGUAAUCCAAUUAAAAUACAUUUUCCAACUUUCUUGAGGUGAUUGGCUCGUGACGAGAAUUCGAGAUGG